AUGAUGCCUCAGAAGAACCAACAGCACUGUGCAGUGGAUCAGUCAGAGCACGAACUACCUCCCAGUUGUCAGGUGGAGUGUUCCUCUGAUGUUGCUCUUGGGUGUUGGAAGAAAGGUAACUCAGGCCAGAGAAAUGGAGAAACUGCAUCGUCCUCCCCAGAGAGUGACAGCUUGAAUGGAGAUGGAAAGCGCAAUGGGAAAAGCCGUCGUCGAAGGAAACGUGCAUCAAAUCCAGAGAGCCGCCCCGAGGAGACGCUUCAAGGGAAUGUCAAGGAUGAGAAACCAGACCAGGAUAACAUCCAGCCUGCAGACCCACAUACAGUUUUUCUUGGCCUGCAGUCAGAGUGUACCUCCAUGUGGUUUGAGCGCAGUGUCUACGAACAGGCUGAGAAUCGGUAUCAGUGCUGGCUGGCACACUCUUCCGCCCGGGCUACCAAGCCAAACGGGUCGAUUCCAGCUCAAAAGAACCAUCCCAUCAAUCAGCCGUUGGUGCCUCCCAUGCAGCAAACCUUCAGCUUUGGUGAGCAGGUGGCUCAUCAUCGCGUAGUUCAGUCUGUGUGGGUGAAUAAAACAACGUUUGAUCAGGCAGAGUGGCGCUUUGUGGAAGAAUCCCUGCAGCCACCUAUUCCAAACUCCCUGGAUCUCCCACCCUUGCCUAACCACCCCAUCACACCUGCUACACCUGAUGAAGGAUAUCAGUCUCUGGUCCCAACUCCUGCUACUCCAAUCCAGCAAGCAGCUGCCACACCACCCAACCGGCAACCAAUUAAUGGACUGCCCAGUAUCCCAGUGGAACUGCUUAGAGACGUGUGGCUGGAGAAGCCUUUGUAUGACCGUGCAGAGGUGGCUUUCUAUCAGAAUUUGUACAACAACUCCUCCAAACGGGCAAACUGCCCUUCAGCCUCCAGAAGUAGUGACCACCCCCAAAGCCUUGUAGAAGAGGAAGAUGAGGAGGAUGAGGAGGUGGUGGAGGAUAAGCAGCGAGUGGUCCCACAAGGCAAGGCAGAAGUCUUCCAUGCUCUGCACCCUAUCCAGGAGGAAGAGGAGCCUGCUGAAGUCAUAGAGGAGAGAGGGGUGUCAGAGGCAGGAGUCUCCUUCUUCCUUCACCCAGACAGUGAGAGGGUCUGGCUUGACAGGUGGCGCCAUGAUGCAGCAGAGAGUCGUUUCCAUGGCCACCAUGCGGGUGAAGCUGUGAUAAUGAUGGAUGGUGCUCUGGGGCCAGAUGCUGAGGCCUCAACAGUUGCCUCCAUCAGCCCUCUGAGGGACAACACCAUGAGUGCAGUAGACUUCCUGGCCCAGGAAAAGAUCUGGUUUGAAAAGCCUCGCUACGAUGAGGCAGAAAGAUGUUUCUAUGAGCAUAUGAAUGGCCCUUCACCAUCAACGCAGGAUGUAGGAGCCAACAGCAUUCUCCAAGAUAUUGCACGUGCCAGGGAGAAUAUCCAGAAGUCCCUAGCAGGACUGAAGACAACGCUGUUUAACAGAGGGUCUGGUCAUUCUCCCCUGAGCCACAGCUCUCAGCUCAGCGGCAGUAGCGGAGCAGGAGAUCAAGGAGAACUCGUCUCACGCAUCAAGAACCUGGAACUCGAGAACCAGAGUCUGCACAAAGUUGUGGAAGACUUAAGAUCAGCCCUUUCCAAACUGGAGUGUCGGGUAGCGGUCCUGGAGAAAUCCCCUGUUGCGGCUCUGACGCCAGCCCCAGUCUCUGCAACCCCCUGCACAAAUGGCACCCCAGCCCAGCAGCAAAUGACUGGGGCACUACUUCAAGAGGAUGACGUGGAUGACGAUUUUGACCUCUUUGGUAGUGAUGAGGAGGAUCCAGAAGCAGAGCGACUCAAAGAGCAGAGGUUGAAAGAGUAUGCUGAGAGGAAGGCCAAGAAACCCGCCCUCAUUGCCAAGUCCUCCAUUUUAUUGGAUGUUAAACCUUGGGAUGAUGAAACAGACAUGGUGAAGCUGGAGGAGUGUGUGCGCUCAGUACAGGCUGAUGGCCUUUUAUGGGGCACAUCCAAGCUGGUUCCUGUGGGCUACGGCAUCAAAAAAUUGCAGAUUGCCUGUGUGGUGGAAGAUGACAAGGUGGGAACAGACAUGCUAGAAGAGGAGAUCACCAAGUUUGAAGAUUAUGUCCAGAGUGUUGACGUAGCAGCUUUUAACAAGAUCUGAUUCCAGCAUGUCUUGCCCCAUCCUCCUGCUCCUGUUUUUCUCUGUGUCAAACGGUUAAUAAUAAUGAAUAAUAAUAAACAAGCGCUUGCACUUAAGCCCUUGGCUCUUGAACUUUUGAUGUCAGGAAAUGGAAAUAAGGGGAGCCAUCUAAGUGUCUUUUUCUUCCAUGAUUCAUUUAUGAAGUUAAUUUGCUGUUUUGGUAAAAAAAAAAAAAGUCAGAGUUUGCAUUAUGCCAAAAAACACAAUAUUGAUAAGCUGUGUAUUUUUAUUUUUUUACAGCCAUAUAUAUUUGUCAGAUGUGCAUUGCCCACAGUAGCUU